UGACACUCCAAAUAUUUCCUACCACCACACCAACCCCACUUUGCAUAAUUAGUAAUUACUCUCUUUCUCUCUCACCAGAAAAAAGCCAUGCUGACCCUACACAUAAUUUACAUUAACAAAAGAAAAGAAAAGAAAAAACAUUUACACUGUUGCAGGGAGUUUAUCUGGCACUCAUCCAACAGCCCUUGAGGAAUGAGAGGCCCUUUUCAUUCCCUCUUCAAGAUACAAAAUUUGACUACAAAGCUCACUCAAGUAUUAUAACUGCUGUCCACCACAUCUUCUUUCUCACGAACUAUUGCUACUCCUUCCUACACAUUUUCUGUUCCUUUUGUAGCUUCUUUUUUGUUUCUCAUUUCUUUCUUGUUUGCUUCUUAAUUUGUAUUGGUGAGAUGGGCUUUAGCGGUGGCCAUGUAAAACUAUUGGAUUUUUCAAUUAGGUUGUUUGUAAUUCCAUUUAAUGUUGCAUCUAUAUGGAUUGCUGUCACCAGCAAGCAGGAUAACAGUGACUAUGGGAAAUUGGAGUUCAGCAAUCUCGUUGGACUCAAGUAUAUGGUCUGCAUCAGUGCAAUUUGUGCUGGAUAUGCCUUUUUUGCAGCUGUGUCUUUAUAUCUCCGAUGCUUGCUCACUAAAGCAUGGCUUUUCUUUGUUACUGAUCAGGUAUUAGCGUACUUAAUGGUGACAUCAAUGGCUGCACUUGUGGAGUUUCUUUACUUGGCUUACAAUGGCGAUCUAUUGGUUUCUUGGAGUCGAGCUUGUGAUUCAUUCGGUAGCUUUUGCAACAGAUUGAAAGUGGCACUGGCUUUGCACGUGAUUGCCGUUUGUUGUGUCCUUGUUUUGGCCGUGAUAUCUUCUUACAGGCUCUUCAGAAGGGCAAGAGACUGUAUACGAUCUAUCUUUUAUCUUCUGUUUUCGCAGUUGGGAAAGUCGAUUGCUGUAGACGGCAUGGCUAAAAGUUACUUCAAGUUGGAACAUCCUCUUGAGAGGCGGCAGGCUGAAGCUGCUCGUAUCAGGGAGAAGUACCCGGACCGAAUUCCGGUUAUUGUGGAGAAAGCGGAAAGAAGUGACAUUCCUGACAUUGACAAGAAAAAAUAUCUUGUUCCUGCUGACCUAACUGUUGGUCAAUUCGUUUAUGUUGUCCGCAAAAGAAUUAAGCUUAGUGCUGAGAAGGCUAUCUUCAUCUUUGUAAAAAACAUUCUCCCACCGACUGCUGCAAUGAUGUCCGCAAUCUAUGAGGAGAAUAAAGAUGAGGAUGGCUUCCUUUACAUGACUUACAGUGGCGAGAACACAUUUGGAUUUCUCUGA